AUGCCUCUAGCUCCAAAGUAUCUAGCUUCUCACAUUAUAUCUACUACAAAACCAUUGGAAACCUCGAGACCCUUUGCGAAUGUGGUAGAGUUGUAUUUGGACUACUGCUGUCCCUUCAGCAAGCGUUUGUACUUGAAGUGGACUAAAGACGUUAUUCCGGUAAUAGAGAAGCAAUUGAACAAGCAGUUCGAAUUCCAGUUCGUGCAAGUAGUCCAGCCUUGGCAUCCUUCGUCAACGCUGAUGCACGAAGCUGGACUAGCAGUAGCGUUGUCCGAUGCAACGUUAUUUCAGAGCUUCAGCAAACUGCUAUUUGAAAGACAAGCAGAAUGGUUCGAUCAGGCAUGCUACCAGAAAUCUCGCAAGGAAAUGUACGAGGAGCUAGCUUCAUUGGCUUCUUUGGUUGGUGUUUCGAAGGAACAGGUGUUGAAACUUUUGGCUAUUGACGAACAGGAUUUCGAGCAGGACGGUACUCCCAAAAACUCCGGAAACAAAGUGAGUGCGAGUUUGAAGUAUUUCACUCGGUACCAGCGCCAAAACGGAGUACACGUAACACCCACGGUUGCGGUCAAUGGGAUAAUUGUCGGUAAUAUUGGUAGUGGCAACACUCCAGAAGAGGUUAUCAAGCUUUUGGACGCUGCCACAUGA